UUUCUCCAUACUCCUGUGACGCUGUCAUGAGGUCACAGAGUGAGGGACCGUGGCAGGUCAGGUCUCUUUCGGCUGGUGGGUGGGCCUGUUCCCUAAGAUAGGACACACUGGGUGAGGUCUCUGGAGGUCCCAGGCCCUGAGUGUUGCUGCCUCUUGGGGGAAACUUGGCAUCUUCCCAACUUCUCAGCACCCCUCAGGGCCACCAUGCACACAUCCCAGAUACCCCGUGUCUGGGCUUCAGAUAGAUUUGUGUCCCAGAUGGUUCUAACUGUGGCUGCAUGUUCAAGUGGGGUAGCUGUAAGUCAGGAGACUGAGGUUUCUGCCUUGGAUGGCAAGAGCUGAAGGUGUCUACAAGGUUACCAUGGGCAGGCAGAGGGGCAAAAUCACUGAUUUUUGUUGGAGUCACAGGCUCGGAAGAGACGAGCUAUUCCAGAAAGAAAUUGGAAAUUGAAGAUUUCAGAAGAGGAAGUUGUUUUAAAAUAUUUUGAUUUACUCCAAAGAAUAACACUGAAAAGUUAAAAAGGGGCAGCACUGAGAGCAAGGAGGGCAUCCUGGCUCCUGAUUGGCCUCUGCCAGGAAGACACCUAUAGCCAAAGAUGAGUUUGGGCAAAGUAGUCGCUUGCUCCUUCAGCCAUGGAAAAGCAGGGCCACAGUGAGGUGGGAAUAAUCUCAUCUGAGUCUCACUCCCAUGUUAAAUUAUUGAAAAUCCACCGGGAACUUCUGGUCACCCACAUCCGCAACACCCAGUGUCUGGUGGACAACUUGCUGAAGAAUGACUACUUCUCUUCUGAAGAUGCAGAGAUUGUGGGUGCCUGCCCCACGCAGCCCGACAAGGUCCGCAAAAUUCUGGACCUGGCACAGAGCAAGGGCGAGGAGGUGUCUGAGUUCCUCCUCUACGUGCUCCAGCAACUCACAGAUGCUUACGUGGAUCUCAGGCCUUGGCUGUCGGAGACUGGCUUUUCCCCCUCGGAGCUCAUUCAGAGCAAAGUUGUCAUCAACACCGACCCAGUGAGCAGGUACACGGAGAAGCAGCGACAGCAACUGGCCCGUGAUUCCAAGUUCGUCCUGUGCUAUGCCCAGAAGGAGGAGCUGCUGCUGGAGGAGACGUACAGCGACACCAUCGUGGAGCUGGUGGGCUUCAGCAACGAGAGUCUGGGCCCGCUGGAGAGCCUGAGCUGCCUCCUGGACCACCGCACCGGGGUCCUCAGCGAGCAGGGCGAGACCAUCUUCAUCUGCGGGGACGCGGGCGUGGGCAAGUCCAUGCUGCUGCAGCGGCUGCAGAGCCUGUGGGCCGCGGGGCGGCUGGACACCGAGUUCAAGUUCUUCUUCCACUUCCGCUGCCGCAUGUUCAGCUGCUUCAAGGAGGGUGACACGCUGUGCCUGCGGGACCUGCUCUUCAAGCAUUACUGCUACCCGGAGCAGGACCCCGAGGAGGUGUUCGCUUUCCUGCUGCGUUUCCCCCAGACGGCCCUCUUCACCUUCGACGGCCUGGACGAGCUGCACUCAGACUUUGAUCUGAGCAGCGCAUUGGACACCUGCUCCCCCUGGGAGCCCGCCCACCCCCUGGUCCUGCUGACCAACCUGCUCAGCGGGAAGCUGCUCAAGGGGGCAGGCAAGCUGCUCACGGCCCGCACCGGCGUGGAGAUCCCGCGACAGCUACUCCGCAAGAAGGUACUCCUGCGGGGCUUCUCCCCUAGCCACCUGCGCGCCUACACGAAGAGGAUGUUCCCGGAGCGCGCUGUGCAGGAGCACCUGCUGGCCCAGCUGGAGGCCAACCCCAACCUCUGCAGCCUGUGUGCCGUGCCCCUCUUCUGCUGGAUCAUCUUCCGCUGUUUCCAGCACUUCCACAGCAUUUGGGAGGGCUCUGCGCAGCUGCCCGACUGCACGGUGACCCUGACAGAUGUUUUCCUGCUGGUCACUGAGGUGCACCUGAACAGGACGCAGCCCACCAGCCUGGUGCAGCGGAACACGCGCGGCCAGACCGAGACCUUCCACGCCAGCCGGGGCACCUUGCGCUCGCUCGGGCAGGUGGCCCAUGGUGGCAUGGAGAAGAGCCUAUUUGUGUUCCGCCAGGAGGAGGUGCAGGCAGCCGGGAUGCAGGAGGGGGAGCUGCAGCUGGGCUUCUUGCGGGCCGUGCCAGAGCAGGGCCUGGGCGGGGACCAGCAGUCCUACGAGUUUUUCCACAUCACCCUCCAGGCCUUUUUUACUGCCUUCUUUCUCGUGGUGGACGACAAGGUGGACACUGGGCAACUGCUCAGGUUUUUCCAGGAGUGGGCUCCAGGGGGUGCGGGAGCCGAAUCCUGCUAUCCCCCCUGUCUCCCCUUACCGUGCCUGAAGGGCAGUGGCCUGGCAGGGGAGGACCCCUUCAAGAAUAAGGAUCACUUUCAGUUCACUAACCUCUUCCUGUGCGGGCUGUUGUCUAAGGCCAAACAGAAACUCCUGCGGCACCUGGUGCCCGCCGCUGCCUUACGGAGAAAGCGCAAGGCCCUGUGGGCACACCUGUUUGCCAGCCUGCGGGCUCACCUGCAGAACCUGCCCCGCGUGAAGUCUGGGACCUUCAACCAGGUGCAGGCCAUGCCCACCUUUGUCUGGAUGCUGCGUUGCAUCUACGAGACGCAGAGCGAGAAGGUGGGGCAACUGGCGGCCAAGGGCAUCUGCGCCAACUACCUCAAGCUGACCUUCUGCAACGUGUGCUCGGCAGACUGCAGCGCCCUCUCUUUCGUCCUGCACCAUCUCCGCAAGCGGCUUGCCCUUGACCUGGACAACAACAAUCUCAACGACUACGGCGUGCGGGAGCUGCAGCCUUGCUUUAGCCGCCUCACCGUCAUCAGACUCAGUGUAAACCAGAUCACAGACAGUGGGGUGAAGGUGUUGUAUGAAGAGCUAACCAAAUACAAAAUCCUGACCUUCUUAGGCCUGUACAACAACCAGAUCACUGAUGUGGGAGCCAGGUACAUCGCCAGGAUCCUGGACGAGUGCAAAGGCCUCACGCACCUCAAACUGGGGGAGAACAAAAUAACGAGUGAAGGAGGAAAGUGCCUGGCUGUGGCUGUGAAGAACAGCAAAUCAAUCUUCGAAAUCGGGAUGUGGGGCAACAGAAUUGGUGACGAAGGAGCAAAGGCCUUCGCAGAGGCUCUGAGGAACCACCCCAGUCUGACCAACCUCAGUCUGGCAUUCAACGGCAUCUCCAGAGAAGGAGGAAAGAGCCUUGCACAGGCCCUGGAGCAGAACACCUCUCUGAGAAUAUUCUGGCUCACCAAAAAUGAACUGGAUGACGAAGUGGCAGAGAGCCUGGCAGAGAUGUUGAAAGUCAACCAGACACUGAAACAUUUAUGGCUUAUCCAGAACCAGAUCACAGCCAAGGGGAUUGCCCAGCUGGCAGAUGCCUUACAGAGGAACACUGGCAUCAUGGAGAUCUGCCUAAAUGGAAAUUUGAUAAAGCCAGAGGAGGCCAAAGUCUUUGAAGACGAGAAGCGGAUCAUCUGCUUCUGAGGCCGCCUCCACGUGUGGGGUCCACGCCCCGGGGAGGAGACAGGGCACGAGUGGGCCUGCUGAGCCGUCUGAGUGACUAUAACUACUCCAUGAAGAGACAUGACGCAUAUCCAGGAUCUUUUUAUCGGACAUGGAAUAAGACUGAGUUCAGAACUGGCCCUCAGGACCAGGGAAGCGAGUUAGUCAUACUGUCCCCACGGAAGAGUUGAGGACAUGGUAGAGAGUUAGUGCCAAGCUUCUGGCAGAAAAGGUGCUCAACAAACAUGUGGGGGUUUUUUUGUUUUUUGUUUUUUUACCUGGAACCUUCUCUUCCUCCUCAGUACCUCCCCACAGGUUGAUGGCCGGCCCACCUUUCACAGCUACAGAUUAACUGACAUAUAUCCACGGUCGGGAUAUGACGCAUCCAAGGUUUUGUCGAAGGCUCCUUGCAGGCUUCUGUUUUAGUCCUUGGGUCUCAGUAUCUGUUGGCAGAGAUCAUGGGGUGCUCUCUUAGCAGGUCUAAGAGAAAAGGUGGGGUCUUCAUGACGCUGAGUUUCUGCUUGGGGCUUUCUCAUGCUGGGCUGACCUCCUCAGGAAGGCUGAUAAGGGUGGGCCCAAGUGCUCUGCACCAGGAGGAAGAACCUGUGCCCAUCCUUCAAAAGGAGUAAGGCCUGGGGUCCAAACAGAAGCUUCUCUGUCUCUUGCCCUCCUGAGGAAGGGGAAGUGUCUCUCUCCCUGCCUCAGAGCAGUUGUGAGGAUGACUGAACUGGACUUAAGGCUGAGGGGGUUGCUGAGAACCCUGUUAGGAGACCAUGUCACAGGGACCAUCGUGGUAGGCACGUGCUGGAUGUUACAUCGGGGAGAGGGUGGUGAUAUUACCAGAUAACUUGUUCUUUUGCCAAGUCAUUUAAUAAAGUAACAUUUUUAAUUAGAAUUUUCUAAUUUCUAAAGGAAAUUUUGCUUGAGAAGCAUGGUAGGAUCCCUGGCCUCCAUGCCUUGACUCCCUUCAGAGAUACUCACUCUGCUGCGUGGCACCCUGGUGUGGGGUGCUGUGUGGAGCCUGCUGAAGGAAGGCCAGAGGUGUCAUCGUUAUGGUCCUUUGCAGGCCUCUCCACCUACCAAGGGAUCAAAAAAAGCCAAGGACGCAACCGAGGCCUUUUCUUCUACCUGACCUCUGAACCCAUACAGCUGGCUUCUCAGAGGAGCAAACUCAGUCAGGGGUGGCUGGGGCCAGGAUAUGCUGCAUGGGCCAAAUUCCACAAUCCCUCUCCACCAUGCCAUGGUAGGCCCUGGUGGCCAGGCUCGAUGUCCACUACCUUCUGUGGCAAUUCACAGCUGAGUGGACCUGUCACCCACUUUGGCAAGAGGCGCCAAGCCAAUAAGGACCAAACAUGAGAGGGAAAGGGAUGAGGGGGAGCCUUCCAACAGUACCUUUGAGUUCUCAGAGGUCCAGUCUGGUUUUGUGCAGAAGCCCCUGUCAGAAAAUGGCAACUGAGGAAGUUAGUUCUGAAAAUCCUGUACAGUCAUUCAGCCACAUAGGUGGCUGCUCUGCUAAGGGGCCGCUUUGGUAGCUCUGAGCCAAUCCUCCCCUCACCCCAGAUCUUAGUAUUCACCUAAGAGUCACCCCCUGAGGCAGCAACUCUCUCCCUACAGAGACUCUAGGCAGUAGUUCUGGAAUGAACGUGUUGAGCUGAAGGCUAAAGGAGCUUAGGGCAGACUUCAGAUUUCCUCAGUAGAAGAACUAUACUUCUCAGUGGACAGAUUUAGACUUCAUUAAACCACUAAAGCUAAACUUUUGGGAGACUAACGUUUACUUAGAAACUACCAAAUGUACUGCUUUUACAGAUUAUCAAGAUUAAAACUGCUGCCUCUAAGGAUAUUAGAAUUUGAGCAGUGUUGGCUUAAGUUCUGUUUGGAAAUACUUCUGGUCUUCUAGAUGGUGAACGACAGAGUUUCUAUUUCUUCCAAAUUUGUUGGAAGGGCUCUCCAUUAUUCACUGGUGAGCUUCUGUGCAGAGAGGUGGAGACUUUUCCUCAUCAAGAAGACCACUGAAAGUUGGAAAAAAAAAAUUAAAAAUUCCACAACGUAGGACAGGACUCUUUCUUUCCACAGGACACCCCGGUUGGUUUUGGAAGAAACGACAGCUCCUCUAUUUCAGACCUGCAACCACGGCAUGUCUGGGCUGAUUUGGAACCUACCCAAACAAAACAAAACAAAA